AAAGCAAUAGCCUAGCCAUUUCGAUCGCAGCAAACCGCCAAACACUGGGGACAGGAUGGACGACAGGGUCGGUUUAUCCCAAUGGGGAGGAGAGCCUCGACCCCCCGAUGGUGGCACAGAAUCUGAGGACUGCCGCCAACACCGUCCAUUACCUCAGCACAGAGAAUGAUCGGCUUGAGUCGGAGAACUCCGCGUUGCGGCAGCGCAUCGAGCUGAUGAAGAAGAAUAGCGAUCUAAAGACGGCAGCGGUUCUGUCUUCGAUUAUCAGCUGGACGGAUGAGAAGAAAAAAGGCAAAGAAACUUCCGGUGUGUCAGGUCGAACUGGCUCUCCAUUUCGUCCAUCCACUCCAGUAUUCAACGAGUCCGCCUUCAGUUCCUACAGUCCCAAUCUGACAACGGUCUGGACGGCACCGAGGAAACUCCCCGCUACAAUCUACCCUCGGUCCGCUUCGACACCACUCGAAACACUCAAGAUGCGGAACCAGGAACGUCAGCGUUCAGGGACUAUCCCACACAGCCAACCGCCAGGUCCACGCCCCCCAACCAGACCUUCCCUAAGAGCAGCUUCGGUGGGAGCCGCUCUACUAACAUGAUGCCAAGCGAUCCUGAUAUCACAGCAGCGCGCUGUGACUGCAAUGACCAGAGCCUACGGGAGAGCAUGCUUGGGGCGCCACCCAUGGCCUCUACACCUAAAGCCGGUCCAUCGCGGGGCACGUAUAACAGCGAGCCCGGGGCCUACCGGCCAGAUGAUUCCGUUCGGGGCAUGCCGAUGCCGGAUCCAGAAGAGGUCAAACGAUUCUCAGCCAAACUCGCCCGCUUCAGCCGUCCCAUUGAUCAGGUAAUUGGCGUGCGCUCUGAACCGAUCCGAUACUACCAAACCAUAAUGGAACUGAAACCAACGCGCCGCCUUGUGGGAGAAAUCGCCUUCCAGUUGGAUCGCCGCAUUCUGGAUUACGUGUUUUCCGGCGAUGACAGCACUUCCGCCAACAGCAAGGCCAGAAAGAAGCGUUAUUAUGGUUACACCGUCACGCACAUCUUUGACAAGAUUCGAGCCGAGUGCAAAGACUCCUACGGCAUUCCCAACCUGAAGAGAGAAAUGGCCAUGCGUUACAGACUGGAGUUUCUCAUGAAGCGCUUGGCACCGCUCGGAUACAAGCUGGAGCUCCACGCCCCAUUCUCUCAGGAUAUGGUCAACAAGUUUGGCCUUCUUAGUUCUCCACCAGAGAGGAAAACUCUCGAUAACUUCGGACUGGAAGAUCCCCGGGUACUGAGGAUGCUCGUGUCCAAGCUGAUGAUCUUUGAUGACGAGCUAAAGAACACACUUAUUCUGCUCGACUGUUUGUGCUUAAUGGCUCACGAAGAUGGAGGCCCACUCUUUAAGUGGUAGACAGACCACGGGCAGCCAGAACAUACUUAUGCAAUCUAUUAGAUAAUUGUUUAUACCUGAACAUACUAACUGAACUCAAACGGCAGCAAGAAAUGUAACAUUAUGUAACAAUGCAUUUUCUAGGAUGUUUAUUUUUUUUUUACAAUUUGUAGAAUGUUUUACGUCCGUUUAAAUCUAAAGGGUAACAUCUCUACAAACAUUUACUAUAUCUGUACUUUUUGAAUAUUUUUUCUGCCAGAAUCUGUUGAUUCAAAAGAAU